AUGGUCAUUGUCACCAAUGUGCUGGGCAUCACCAUGUCCACGGUGUCGGUGACAAAGAUUCUCGUCGUCACCACGGCCGUCACCGUCGACCUGUUUGAAAGCUUGAUCAAGCGCCCGGCCAAUGUGAAGGAUUCCAGCCGACUCAUUCAUGGCCAUGCAGGGUUGCUCGGUCGAGUGGACACCCUUCUGUUUGCGAGCAUUCUAUUUGCGCUGUACAGCAUCCACGCUCAACUCCUCGACUGA